CCAAGCAAUAAAACAACUCUCUCUCUGUAAUCUACAUAUGUCUCUUUGACUCUCAAGAGCUCUUCUGCUUCACCUCUCUUCUCUCUUUCAAUCUCCUCUCUCUCCUUCCUCCUUCACCUUCUUUCUUUUUUACCACAUAGCAACAGUAAUCCUCUCAGCAACUGCAACAUCUCAAAGAAAUUACACUUUUCAUCUCAGGCCAUGCGGCGCCACCGCCACGACCACCAGCGGUGUCUACUGUCAUCCCUCACUGUCUUCACAUUUCUCUUCUUUUUACUAACUCAAUUGGGUAGCGGGUUACAGGAGAGAGGCUCAGACUCAGAGACGAUGGAAGGAGGUGUGAAGGCCCAGAAGCGACUCAGUGGUCCAGGCUCUUCACCACCCACGUGCAGAUCCAAGUGUGGAAAUUGUUCUCCUUGUUCACCCGUUCACGUGCCCAUUCAGCCUGGUUUUAUUACGCCAUUAGAGUACUACCCAGAAGCUUGGCGUUGCAAGUGUGGCAACAACCUCUUCAUGCCCUAAAAGACAAGCCAUUGUUGAAAAAUACGGAGCCUUCUUCUCAAUUGUGACUUGCAUUAAUGGAUAUGUAUAAUUUUACAGUAUUUUUAAUAUUUUGGGAACAUUAAGAAUGUAAGUCACUUGUAAGUCAGAUUACCAAGAGGGAUCUCUCUGCAACAUCUUCCUCUCUCUCAUUUUUGUUUCUUUUCUACUUGCAGUAAAUGCAAGUUUGUUGAUUAUGAGACAGAUUGGAGCAAAAAGCUGUAAUUAAGAUGUGCCCUUUUCAUUAACUUGUAAAAUAUACCUAAACUUUUUCCUGGUUC